CUUCUUCGCGCGCAUGUCGGGGCCCGCGUGUUUCCGUUCAGCUGCUGACCACUACUUACUGACGCUGAUGAGUCCUCUCGCUCAACUCCAUCCUCUUCGCCUCCGCGUCGACGUGAAGUGAGUCUUCACUCUUGUGCUACCUUCGCGGUGCUGUGCUGUGUACGAGCGCAGUGUGCAUCGGCGAGCGACAAUUCGCCGCAUCUCAUCCCAGGGACCUGGACUGGACGAUCCAUCGAUCCAUCCCUGCUGUACGCCUCACCUCGAAACAACUCGCCCGUCCCCAUUGACCAACUUCUGCCCGUCGCCGCCGACCGAUCUCCAAAGCAACGCGCCGCCGUCACUGCUACCGCCCUGCAGCGCCUCCACUGGGUCCACCGCGCCGUGCUCCCUCGCCCCUCCCCCUUCCGCGCAGCUAGCAUUCCGCGCCUCCCACGCAUGCUCAGGCCGUGUGGAAGUUAGCCUUCGUGCCGGAACACUCACCUUCGCGUCGGGCGUCCCCCGCUACCAUCGCACCGUACACACGAACGUCCCCGAGCCGCAUGACCAUUGCCAUUGCCUGCCAUCUGGCACCACCACGGCCCCUCGCGCGGUGAAGCGAGGUGCUACCACCAGCCCGCCAUGGCCAUCGAUUUCGAUACCGCCGCCCAGCAGACGCCCUCUGCCCAACGCGCCGAGGAGCAUGGCACGCAGACAUCGCAGCCCCUCAACCGUAUGCGAUGGGCAACAGUGCGAAAGCCCGGGCGGAAGGGCACGCUGAAGCGUCGGAGCAUCUUCUCGCGCAACGCGGCCAGGCUGAGCGGCAGCCACCGGAAUAGGGAGUCCACUGCGACCACGACUGAUGGCGAUUUUAAGGCCGAUGCUGCAGCCAGUGAGGCGCCGCCCGAAGGCCAGACGGCACGCACCAUCUAUGUGAACCAGCCCCUGCCGGAUAGCGCACGAGACGAUGAGGGAAGGCCGCUGCAGAACUUCAAGCGCAACAAGAUUCGGACUGCCAAAUACACGCCCAUAUCCUUCAUUCCGAAGAACUUGUGGUUUCAGCUACACAAUAUCGCCAAUGUCUAUUUCAUCUUCAUCGUCGUGCUGGGCAUCUUCUCCAUCUUUGGCGUGGAGAACCCUGGCCUGGCCGCUGUGCCCAUCAUUGUCAUUCUUACCAUUACAGCGAUCAAGGAUGGCAUCGAAGACUGGCGAAGGACGGUGUUGGACAACGAAUUGAAUAACGCGCCGGUGCACCGGUUGGUGGACUGGGACAACGUGAAUGUGUCUGAAGAAAAGAUCAGCUUAUGGCGAAGGUUUAAGAAGGCUAACACCCGAGCCAUUCUGUUUCUCUGGAAAUGGUGGAAGGGCCGGAAGGAAGCGGCCGCUGCGAAAAAGGGCAAGACGCAGGACGCCAGAUUGGACAACAAGCUCGACAACGAUGAACGGCGCAUGAGCGCUUUGACACAGCGUCUGGAUAGUAUAGACGGCUACGGGAACGAACACGGAGAUGGCGACGUCGAAAUGACACCUGUGCCUUCUCCAACCCCGGGACAGCAUCCGCCGAGCUAUGGGAAUGUCGAGGACUCGGGGCAUGCCAGAGGAAAUGCAAAGGAUACACUGGCUGUGCCUAAAGUUGGCGACGACGGCAAACUAGAACAAGUGCCAAUCGCAAAGAAAUUCCACGGCAGUCUGAUCAACCCGAAUCGGCCACGUCCGGAGAAAGCACGUUUCAAGAAGGAUUACUGGAAAAAUGUGAGAGUUGGCGACUUCGUACGUCUGUACAACGAUGAGGAGAUUCCUUCGGACAUUAUCGUUCUAGCGACCAGCGAUGCGGACGGAGCUUGUUACAUCGAAACCAAGAAUUUAGAUGGCGAAACAAAUCUCAAGGUCCGGACUGCGCUGUACUCAGGUCGAGAUAUCAAAAGAGCACGAGAUUGCGAGCAGGCCGACUUCGUCGUCGAAAGCGAGCCUCCGCAUGCCAAUCUGUAUGCGUACUCCGGAGUUGUCAGGUGGAAUCAAUAUGACAGGAAAAAUCCUCAAGCAGAGCCAAAGGAGAUGGCAGAACCCGUAGGAAUCAACAAUCUUCUCCUGCGCGGCUGCACUGUUCGCAACACGGAGUGGGUCCUUGGCGUGGUCGCGUUCACUGGCGAGGACACAAAGAUCAUGCUCAACUCUGGUAUCACACCUUCAAAACGGCCAAAGAUCAUGCGUGAUCUGAAUUGGAACGUGUUGUACAACUUCGUCAUUCUCUUCGUAAUGUGUCUUGUUGCAGCCAUCGCCAAUGGUGUUGCUUGGGGCAAAACGAACAGCUCACUGGCCUAUUUCGACUUUGGUGGCUAUGGUAGUACAGCAGCUCUUACGGGAUUCAUCAACUUCUGGGCGGCAGUCAUCCUCUUCCAGAACUUGGUGCCUAUCUCGCUGUACAUCUCUCUGGAAAUCGUUCGAUCCGUGCAGGCGUUCUUCAUCUACUCCGACACCUUCAUGUACUACGAAAAGCUGGACUAUCCGUGCACACCCAAAUCCUGGAACAUAUCGGACGAUCUUGGCCAGAUCGAAUACAUUUUCUCAGACAAGACCGGCACGCUCACCCAAAAUGUCAUGGAGUUCAAGAAAUGCACGGUCAACGGCGUGCCAUACGGUGAGGCUUAUACAGAAGCGCUCGCUGGUAUGCAGAAACGGCAGGGUAUCAACGUCGAAGAAGUUGGGCAACAGGAGAGGCAACGAAUCGCUGAGGAUCGCGUUAAGAUGCUGGGACUCAUCCGCAAGCUGCACGACAACCCCUAUCUGCGAGACGAUGACUUGACCUUUGUUGCGCCAGACUACAUUCAAGAUCUGGGGGGUGACAGCGGGCCCGUACAGAAGGCGGCGACUGAACAGUUCAUGCUUGCCCUCGCCCUUUGCCACAGUGUCAUCACCGAACGGACUCCCGGAGACCCACCUCGGAUAGAAUUCAAGGCGCAGAGUCCGGAUGAGGCUGCUCUCGUAGCUACUGCACGAGAUUGCGGCUAUACCGUGGUGGGCCGCUCCAACGACGGGAUCAUCCUCAAUAUCCUCGGCGAAGAACGCGAGUACACAGUUCUGAACAUUCUCGAAUUCAAUUCUACCAGGAAACGCAUGUCGGCGAUCAUUCGCAUGCCCAAUGGCAAGAUCAUCCUUUUCUGCAAGGGUGCUGAUAGUAUCAUCUAUUCUCGACUAGCAAAGGGUGAACAGGCCGAGCUUCGUAAGGCCACUGCCGAGCACCUCGAAAUGUUCGCCCGCGAAGGUCUUCGAACGCUGUGUAUCGCGCAAAGAGAUCUUGAUGAAGAUGAGUACCAGGAAUGGAAUCGCGACCACGAGCUCGCAGCGGCUGCUGUCCAAGAUCGAGAAACAAAGCUGGAAGAAGUUGCCGAUCGCAUUGAACGCGAGCUGACAUUGCUUGGCGGUACUGCCAUUGAAGACCGUCUCCAAGAUGGCGUCCCCGACUCGAUCGCCCUCCUCGCCCAGGCGGGUAUCAAGCUGUGGGUCUUGACUGGCGACAAGGUCGAGACGGCGAUCAACAUCGGGUUCUCCUGCAACUUACUUGACAACGACAUGGAUUUGAUCGUGUUGAAAGUAGAAGACGACAACUUCGCACAAGCCGAGGAAGAGCUCAACAAGCAUCUCGCUACCUUCGGCAAGACUGGUAGUGAUGAAGAGCUGAAGGCUGCAAAGAAGAAUCACGAGCCACCGGCUCCAACCCAUGCCUUGGUCAUUGACGGCGACACUCUCAAACUUGUGCUCGACGACCGGUUGCGACAGAAAUUCUUGCUGCUCUGCAAAGAGUGUAGAUCUGUGCUCUGCUGUCGUGUUUCUCCAUCGCAAAAGGCCGCCGUCGUUGGUUUGGUGAAGCAUACACUGGAAGUUAUGACGUUGUCUAUCGGUGAUGGUGCCAACGAUGUUGCCAUGAUCCAAGAGGCGGAUGUCGGUGUUGGUAUCGCCGGAGAAGAAGGUCGUCAAGCUGUAAUGAGUUCGGACUACGCUAUCGGCCAGUUCCGCUACUUGACACGACUGCUUCUCGUACACGGUCGUUGGGAUUACAGGCGUAUGGCCGAAUGUGUUGCCAACUUCUUCUACAAGAACAUCAUCUGGGUCUUUGCCCUCUUCUGGUUCCAAGUAUACACAAACUUCGAUUGUUCGUACGCAUUCGACUACUCGUACAUCCUGCUGUACAAUUUGGCGUUCACGUCCCUGCCAAUCAUCUUCCAGGGUAUCCUCGAUCAAGACGUGGACGACAAGGUCUCACUGGCUGUUCCUCAGCUGUAUCGCCGCGGCAUCGAACAAAAGGAGUGGACGCAGACGAAGUUCUGGGUCUACAUGAUCGAUGGACUGUACCAGUCCGUGAUCUGCUUCUACUUCACCUACUUGUUAUUUGCUCCCGCGACCUUCGCUACCGAGUCCGGACGUGGUGUGAACGACUACAAGAGAAUGGGAGUUUACAUUGCGAAUCCUAUCGUCGUCAUCGUCAACGUGUACAUCCUCAUCAACACAUACCGCUGGGACUGGUUCAUGUGCCUCAUAACAGCUAUUUCCAUCUUGUUGAUCUGGUUCUGGACGGGCGUCUACACGUCUUUCACGGCUGGCUUUACCUUUUAUGAGGCAGCACCACAGGUCUACGGAGCGCUGUCUUAUUGGGCUGUCGCCCUGUUGACGGUGAUCCUGGCUUUGUUGCCCCGCUUCGCUGCUAAGUCGUUCCAGAAAAUGUAUAUGCCGUACGAUAUCGACAUUGUUCGAGAGCAAGUGCGACAGGGCAAAUUUGACUAUCUCAAGAAUGUUGAGCCAGAGAAGUUGACGGCGGGCGGCGCGAUGGGCGCUACGGGAAAGCUUGCAGCAGGCAGCACUUCAAGCAGUGAGCUUAGCAACGGCCAAAGGCAAGAAAAGAUCGGUCAUCGGCGCAACGGAUCUCCAAAUGCUGGAAGGCCGACGAUGGACGAAGACAUGCGGCCGAUAUAUCCUCCAUCAGAGGCCGGAACUAAAAAUCCUCGAAGUCAUAACGGGAGCGACGGAACUGAUUACACCGGUCAUUCUGGGCGGCCGAGCGUGGAUCCAUUUGCAUCGCAUUAUCCUCCUGCUUACCCAGGAUCCGGACCUGGCGCAAUGGGACCCAACGCGACGUACACCACAAGUCACGCGAAUGGCAACGGUGCGCCGGCCUUGGCUCCUAGCGGUCUGAGCAUGAUCCAGACUGCAGCGAGUUCAAAUUAUGACACGCCUUCUCAGACGCCCGGCGGUGUGACACCGACAUGGACCAGAACCGAGUAUUUUGGUCCCGAUGGCGUUACGAGACACAGCGUGGACAGGGCACGACCGUCCUUCGACAGAUUGAGAUCGAGCAUGGACAGAACAAGGCCAUCGUUCGAAGCAAGCAACGACUUCACGAGUGCUGCGUACCUCACACGAGUGGAAUCAAGUCACAGCACAGGGACAAAGACUCACAAAAGAGGAGAGAGUAAGAUGAGGCAGGACAUCAGUGGUGAUCUGCGAAACGAGCAAAGCUGAUGAGGUGCAUAAAUGGAAGUGGCAUGAAAUACACACGAAGAGACGGACGCCCAAACACCACGGUGGAGGAAGAAUGAAGCACCUCCGAUUCAAAGUUUCCUUGUAACGAUUGCGGAAGAUCUCACACGCGAGCCAUCUUUUGCAGACUAACUUGUACAUAAGACAAAACGCGUCGCAUCAUUCUUUUCGCGACGGGCAGGAUACGGGGGUUGAGUGAUACCACAGGAUGAUUCAAAGCAUGGCGUUCGAGGUGUUGCACAAUGGGUGGAGGCAUUGCAUCGAAAUUUUCUGCGAUUUCAAAUUAGACCUUUGGAUAGAGCAUUGAUCGAAACCUAUUAAGCAAUUAGCUGUUACUACCUAAAAGCGCAUUCUACAGCGAG